AUGGGCGGUGCGAGUAGAGACGUCGGUGGAAGAGGAGAGAAGGGUAAGAGGGAAGAGGUGAAGCACAAGCCAAUGGAGAUGAAGAUGGAUAAAGGGAGAAGGGGAAGGGAGGUGGCAGAGGACGAAUCUGCAUCGCCAUGUUGUGACGAUUGUGACGAAGAUUGCACGACCAAGAAGGAGACGCUUGAGGAGGAGAAGAAGAAGGCAAAGCAGAAGGCUUGA